UAGAAGCUGAGCCCCAUUCUGCAGUAGCUCAAUUAACCAUGGGCGAUAGUGACUCUCCAGUGCACCUCUCUGCGGUCUCAUUCAAGGGAAUGGGGAGCUGCUGGCUGGACAAGCUGUUACUCUGGGAUCUUAUCAUUUCUAUCACACUUCAGAACGCUGCAGUGGAUUGUACGAGGGUGGAAAUAAAUGAAAUACUGUCUCCAAAUCUGAACUCAAGUGUGAACGUGGUCAGGAUGGGCCAAAAUGUAUCUCUGUCUUGUUCCACCAAGAACACAUCGGUAGACAUCACCUAUUCGCUCUUUUGGGGUACAAAAUACCUAGAGAGCAAGAGAAGAAGAGGGGGAGCUGUGGAUUUCCACCUGAGGAUCUCCAAUGCCAACGAGACAGGCCCCUACAAAUGCAAAGUCAAUGUUUCCAACUCGACGAAAUACAGUCAGGAUUUCAACUUCACAAUGGCCAAAGAUGAGAGCUGCCCUUCAUGUCGGCUGUCACUGUUGCUCCCGGGGUUGUUUCUGGGGCUACUGGUAAUAGUCCUAGUUCUGGCUUUUUUGAUUCAUCUAAAAUACAAAAAAGGGAAGACUCUGAGCGAGAAUCCGUCCAAGGGUUCUGGAGAUGUGCCUACGCAAGGUGAGCUGUCUGCAAGCCUCUGCAAAACUCAGUCAGAACCACCCCAGGAAAUACACUAUGCCACUCCAGUCUUCAUGGUGACAGCACCCACGGAACAAGAAGGCGGUACGGCUAGAAGAGCUGAUUACAUCUACUCUGAACUCACCCACUAAAGUGCGAAGAAACUGACUGUAUCCCUGUGUAAAAGACUUUCUAGUAAGCUGAUGUGCAUGGAGAAAGAGGAAAUUGACCUGGCACUCAAAAGUUUCAUCCUGGGCUGAGGCAGGAGGAUCCUGAGUUAGAGGCCAGCUGGG